AUGGCAUCCCGCCUGGACUCUGAUCUCCUCUACAGCCUCUCCCAUCACCCCCGGUUGCAGCCAAACACCUUGGGGAGCCCCACGAAAAAGAGGAGCAAUGAAGGUCAAUGGGGAAAGGGAGUCAUCCUGGACAGUGUCCCGUCCAGUGACGCGCCCACCCUGGCAACACGCCCUCACAGUUGGUUGAGCAGCUGGAUGUUUGUCCCCCUACUGAUGGCCACCUACCUCCCCUGUGAAGCCUGGGGCACCACCUUCAAGGUGGCCAUUGUAGGGCCUUGGACUUGUGACCCAUUGUUUUCCAAGGCCCUGCCUGACACGGCAGCCCGGCUGGCGAUGAGCCGCAUCAACAAGAACCCUUACUUGAGCAAAGGUUAUUGGUAUGACUACACCCUGGUAAAUGAGGACUGCAAGACGUCACGGGCGCUGGCCCGUUUUGCCGAGCUGGAGGGAUAUGGCUCAGCUUUCCUGGGGCCUGCUAAUCCAGGCUACUGUACUUCCGCUGCCUUGCUGGCCAGGAGCUGGAACAAGGGUAUACUGUCAUGGUCUUGCCUCAAGCCCAACAUGGACAAUGGGAUGUACCCCACCUUCAUGCGGCCUAUGCCCCUCUCGUCACGUGUGCUGUUUGCUGUGCUGCGCUUCUUCCACUGGGCACAUGUAGCCAUUAUAACCUCAGAGGAGGACUUAUGGGAGGCCACUGGGCAGGAGCUGGCCUCUUCGCUGCGGGCCCUGGGACUCCCUCUCAGCACUGUGGUCACCAUGGAGAUGGAUAAGGAGGGACCCCGAAAAGCCUUGGAGGAAAUCAGAAAUGCACACCGAGUCAGAGUGGUGAUAAUGUGCAUGCACUCAGUGCUGAUUGGUGGAGAACCCCAGCAGAAGCUGCUGACCACAGCUAUGGACAUGCGAAUGAUUGACCGGGGCUACAUCUUCAUUCCGUACGACACCCUCCUCUAUGCCUUGCCUUACAAAGAUGUGAAAUACCCUGCCUUGGCCAAUAAUACCAAGUUGCGCAAAGCGUAUGAUUCUGUGCUGACAGUCACUAUGGACUCUGGGGAGCGUGACUUCUAUGAGGCCUUCAAGGAUGCCCAGGAUAGCUAUGAGAUCCGGAGCAGCUCCUCGCCUGAGCAGGUAUCUCCAUUUUUCGGCUCCAUCUACAACAUGCUGUACUUCUUGGCCAUGUCGGUGGAGCAGGCCCGGUUGGCAGGGGGCCGAUGGGUCUCCGGGGAUGUGCUGGCACAGAGCAAAGGCGACUUUGAGUUUGAUGGCUUCAACCAGCCCCUGUUUGCUGGAGAUUAUGGCGAGGGCAUGCAGGCGCGCUACGUGGUCCUGGACACGGAUGGCCGGGAGCCUGCCCUCACCGUCACGCACGUCCUCGAGGCUGCACACACCCACGGCAAAUUUGGGGGCCUCAAGUACACGGGCCGCUCCAUACACUUUGCGGGUGCAACCCCGAACAAUGACCCCAACUGCUGGUUCAGCCCUUACAUUGCCUGCAGCGGGGGCUUGGAUGGCGUCACACUUUUCCUUUUGUUCAUCCUGUUCUGUAUGCUAGUGAGCGGUGGAGUGGCCCUCGCUAUGGAUUUCAGGGGGAGAAUGCCAGUAGGAUUUGGGCUUGGAGGACUGGGAGGAGGUGGCUCCAGCAAAAUAAUACUAACUCUUGAUGAUCUGGUCUUCAUCAACACCCAAGUUAGCAAGAAGAAGCUGAACGAAGAAAACAUGGCAAAGAGCUCUCUGGAUGUCAAGACUCCUCGGCAUUCUGUGUCAGGACGCAGCUACGUUGCCUCCUCCCCCGAAAGUUCAAACAUCGCCGUCUUUGAGGGAGACUGGGUCUGGCUGAAGAAAUGUCCGAAUGGAGAAAGCAUACUAGAAGUCAACCGGAGUGCACAGGCCGUUUUCAGCAAGCUGCGGGACAUGCGGCAGGAGAACCUGAACCUGUUCCUGGGUUUGUUCUUCGACUCGGGGAUCUUUGGUAUUGUGACAGAGCACUGCACCCGUGGCAGCCUGGAGGACCUGCUCAACAAUGAGGAUAUGAGGCUUGACUGGAUGUUUAAGUCUUCCUUGCUGACAGACCUCAUCCGGGGUAUGAAAUAUCUCCAUCAUCACAAGAUUAUACACGGUCGUCUCAAGUCAAGGAACUGUGUGGUGGAUGGUCGGUUCGUGCUCAAGGUUACAGAUUAUGGCUUCAAUGCGAUCAUGCUGUCCCAGAACAUCGCCAUGGAGGGUCCCAGACCUGAGGACCAGCUGUGGACUGCCCCAGAGCUCCUAAGGGACCCUCCCCUAGAGAAGAAGGGCACCUUUCAGGCAGAUGUCUACAGCUUUUCCAUCAUCAUGCAGGAGGUCAUCUCCCGAAAUGCUCCUUUCUGCAUGCUUGACAUGCCUGCUGAGGAGAUUGUGGCAAAGGUGCGGUCACCUCCACCACUAUGUCGACCAUCCGUGUCUGUGGAUGAGGCACCGCUGGAGUGCAUACAGAUCAUGAAGCAGUGCUGGAGUGAGGAGCCAGAAAGGAGACCCACCUUUGAGGAGAUCUUCAAACAGUUUAAGAGUGUAAAUAAAGGAAAAAAGACAAACAUCAUAGACUCGAUGCUGCGGAUGCUGGAGCAGUAUUCAUCGAACCUGGAGGACCUGAUCCGCGAAAGGACCGAGGAACUUGAAGUGGAGCGCGCUAAGACAGAAAACCUCGUAGCUCAGAUGCUACCCAGGACCGUUGCCCUGGCUCUGAAGACAGGCAAACCUGUGAAGCCAGAACACUUCGACGAGGUGACGCUGUACUUCAGCGACAUUGUGGGCUUCACCACCAUCUCUGCCUUGAGUGACCCUAUCGAGGUGGUGGACCUGCUCAAUGACCUCUACACCCUUUUCGACGCCAUCAUUGGGCAGCAUGAUGUCUACAAGGUGGAGACUAUCGGUGAUGCUUACAUGGUCGCCUCCGGGGUGCCAAAUCGCAAUGGCAACCGGCAUGCUGCCGAGGUGUCCAACAUGUCACUGGACAUCUUGCACUGCGUUGGGGCCUUCAAGAUGAGGCACAUGCCCGACGUCAAGGUCAAGAUCCGCAUCGGCUUGCACUCUGGUCCAGUCGUUGCAGGGGUUGUGGGCCUCACCAUGCCUCGUUACUGCCUCUUCGGAGACACAGUGAACACAGCCUCUCGGAUGGAGUCCACCGGGCUGCCAUACAGGAUCCACUUGAACCAGAGGACAGUGGAUAUCCUGCACAGCCUGAAGCUGGGCUACAAAGUGGAUCUCAGGGGCAAGACAGAGCUGAAGGGUAAAGGAGUCGAAGACACUUACUGGCUGGUGGGCAGAGAUGGCUUUGACAAACCGCUGCCCAUCCCCCCAGACCUCACCCCGGGGGCCAGCAAUCAUGGCAUCAGCCUGGACGAGAUCCCGGCAGAUCGCAGGCAGAGGUUCCUCGACCGGCAGAAAAGGAUGAAAUAA